GCGGCCAACCUGCCUGCCUGCCUGCCUGCCCGGACGAUGUGCCCGGCCGCGGGGCAGAAGGGUGCCCGGCGCCGGCGGCGUUUGCUGCUCCUGCUGCUCCUGCUGGGACUUCUGGCGGCGCUGGAAGCGGCGGGCGCUUUCGGCGAGGAAGAGGAACGCCGCUGCGAUGCCAUCCGCAUCUCCAUGUGCCAGAACCUGGGCUACAACGUCACCAAGAUGCCCAACCUGGUGGGGAGCCAGUUCCAGACCGACGCCGAGCUCCAACUGACCACCUUCACCCCGCUCAUCCAGUACGGCUGCUCCAGCCAGCUGCAGUUCUUCCUGUGCUCCGUCUACGUCCCCAUGUGCACCGAGCAAAUCAACAUCCCGAUCGGCCCCUGCAGUGGCAUGUGCCUGUCCGUCAAAAGGAGAUGCGAGCCGGUCCUGAAAGAAUUUGGGUUCUCCUGGCCAGAAAACCUGAACUGCAGCAAAUUCCCCCCACAUAAUGACCACAAUCACAUGUGCAUGGAAGGGCCAGGAGACGAAGAGAUCCCCCUCCACAGCAAGGCUCCCUUGCACCCUGGGGAGGAAUGCCAGAGUGUUGGAUUGAACUCCGAUCAAUACAUCUGGGUCCGGAGAAGCUUGAGCUGCGUCCUCAAGUGCGGCUACGACGCGGGCCUCUACAGCCGGUCCGCCAAGGCCUUCACCGACAUCUGGAUGGCUGUGUGGGCGAGCCUCUGUUUCAUCUCCACUGCCUUCACGGUCUUGACCUUUCUGAUCGAUUCCACUCGGUUUUCCUAUCCGGAGCGGCCCAUCAUAUUCCUGAGCAUGUGCUACAAUAUUUAUAGCAUCGCUUAUAUUGUCCGGCUGACCGUAGGCCGAGAAAGGAUUUCCUGUGACUUCGAUGAGGCCGUAGAACCUGUUCUCAUCCAGGAGGGCCUGAAGAACACCGGAUGCGCCAUCAUUUUCCUGCUGAUGUACUUUUUCGGCAUGGCGAGCUCCAUCUGGUGGGUGAUCCUCACCCUGACAUGGUUCCUGGCUGCCGGGCUCAAAUGGGGCCACGAGGCCAUCGAGAUGCACAGCUCGUAUUUCCAUAUUGCUGCCUGGGCCAUCCCCGCGGUGAAGACCAUCGUCAUCCUGAUCAUGAGGCUGGUCGACGCGGAUGAGCUGACGGGCCUGUGCUACGUAGGCAACCAAAACCUUGACGCCUUGACGGGCUUUGUGGUGGCUCCCCUUUUCACCUACUUGGUCAUCGGGACCCUCUUCAUUGCGGCCGGCUUGGUGGCUUUGUUCAAGAUCAGGUCCAACCUCCAAAAGGACGGGACCAAAACAGACAAGCUGGAGAGGUUGAUGGUGAAGAUUGGGGUCUUUUCCGUGCUCUACACCGUGCCCGCCACUUGCGUCAUUGCCUGUUACUUCUAUGAGAUCUCCAACUGGGGGGUCUUCCGCUACUCCGCGGAUGCCUCCAACAUGGCUGUGGAGAUGCUCAAGAUUUUCAUGUCCCUCCUGGUGGGCAUCACGUCUGGCAUGUGGAUUUGGUCGGCCAAGACGCUGCACACUUGGCAAAAGUGCUCCAAUAGACUGGUGAAUUCGGGGAGGGUAAAACGGGGAGCCAAGAGGGCAGACGGGUGGAUGAAGCCUGGGAAAGGAAACGAGACAGUGGUAUAAAAGAAAAGACAGGGAGAGUCAAAUUCUCUUUUCUUCGCCUCCCCAAUGCAGGAGGAGCUGAUGGGAUAGCAGCCUCUGGAGCGGGAGCGUUGGAACAAAUCCUUUAUUGAGAAACAUUUGAGUUUUUGGAGAAAUUUUGAAGGAGGACAGGAGAACAGCAAAGGAAGCUCAGCCAGGCUGGGAGGGGUGGAAAAAAAAAAGCACAUUUUUUUUUUUUUUGCAGUGGCUUCACAAAGUUGUGAAGAUAAAGAGUAGAGCCUCUUGGGUGUCUAUCAACAAGCGGUGGUUUUGGGAUUCGUGGGCCAUUUGCACCUCCUGAUAACGCACAGCGUGCCUUCUUCUCUCACUCCCUUUUUUUCUUCCCCUUGCCCUGUUCUGACUCACAUUUAUCGCUGUCUGGUAUGAAGCAGUGCAAGAGAGCAAAAUGGAGAGAGGAAGGAAUUUCUUGCAAGUUUUGGAGAGAAUGGCUGGUGUCAAGGGAAUUCUGAAUGCGAGGUCUCUCUCUCCACUUGGAGAAGUGAUGCCCAAGAAGCUUGGAGGCUACAGAAAGUUGCAGUUUUUGGGUGCAAGCUUUGGAAUUCUGCAGAAUUCUUUCAGAGACAGAUCAGAGAAAAGGUCUUGAGAUUCAGGCGAAGUCAAUUUGCCUUUAGCGUCAUCGACUAAA